AUGUCGCACCCUCAAGACCCUACCAUCGCCGACGAAGAGCUCGCCACCACGGCCACCGCCGGGUACAAGGUGGGAGAGAAGAAGUCGCUCGCCGAAUACUCGCAGCUCGACGCCGAAGACGAGUCGCUGGCUAGGUGGAAGGCGAGCUUGGGCAUCGGCGCCUCCACUGGCGCUGUCGACCCAAAUGCGCCCAAGCUCUCGCUGCACGCGCUCUCGCUCGUCUCGUCGAGCGCACCGGGUGGCAGCGUGUCGAUCAACCUGCAACAGUCCAAGGAGCAGCUGGCGCAGUUCAAGCAGAACCCGCUCAACGUUAAGGAGGGCGUCGAGUACAGCGUCAAGAUCCGCUUCAGCGUAGGCAGCGACAUCCUCUCGGGCCUCAAGUAUGUACAGGUGGUCAAGCGCGCCGGAAUCAAGGUCGACAAGAUGGAGGAGAUGAUUGGCUCGUACGGCCCGCGCGCCGAGCCCUACGAGAAGACGUUUGCGUCCAGCGAGGCACCCAGCGGCAUGAUGGCGCGAGGCAACUACAGCGUGCGCAGCCGCGUGGUCGACGACGACAACAACGUCUUUGCCGACUGGGAGUGGGCAUUCAAGAUUGCCAAGGAAUGGUAA